CCGCUUCCGGUUGCUGCGCUCCUCAUUUGAAAACUUCGGUUAGUUGCUCAGGGGGGCUCGAUGAUCGCCAUUGUUAAAAGACGGUGCUCGCAAUGUUGCUAAAAGUUCAACUUGGAGAGUAACGAGGGUUUGUUCAAGGAACGCGCUACUAAUAUCGGCCCUUUUGUUUUUAACAGCUCAACCAUGGCUCAGCGUGUGGCACAGUCAGAUGGAGGAAACAAGAAGGCUACCAGGGUUCGGGUAGCGGUUCGUCUGCGACCCUAUAUGAGCAAACCCGAUGAGAAAGACGAGGGACCAUGUGUGAGAGGCCUGGACUCACAGAACCUGGAGAUAGUCAACUGGAGGAACGCCACAGAAACAGUCAAAUACCACUUUGAUGCUUUUCAUGGUGAGCAAACAACCCAGCAAGAGGUUUUCCUCUCAUCAGUGAAGCCUAUACUGCCACACAUACUGAAGGGACAAAAUGCCAGUGUCUUUGCCUAUGGACCAACGGGAGCUGGUAAAACCCAUACCAUGAUGGGCAGUUCAGAGCAGCCAGGUGUGAUCCCCAGAGCUGUCAGAGAAGUCUUUAAUCUGGUCAAAGCUGAAGAUGAAGGAUGGGACUACAGCAUUGGCAUGUCUUAUUUGGAAAUUUACAACGAGAAGGUGCUCGACCUUUUAUCGCCAAACUCCCAGGAUUUGCCGAUCAGAGAGGACAGGGACAAAAACAUCCUCAUCCCUGGACUCACUCAUAUGACCAUCUCCUCCUUCUCAGACUUUGACAAACACUUUGUCCCCGCCAGCCUCAAUCGUACAACAGCAUCGACCAAACUGAACCAGCGCUCCAGCCGCAGCCACGCUGUCCUCCUCAUCAAGGUUGUUCGGACUCAGCGCAUCUUGCCCCACAGACAGCAGACAGGCAAACUUUACUUGGUAGACCUGGCCGGGUCUGAGGACAACCGGCGCACUGGCAACCAGGGCAUCCGUCUGAAGGAGAGCGGUGCCAUCAACCUGUCUCUCUUCACACUCAGCAAAGUUGUGGACUCUCUGAACUCUGGCACUGCCGUCCGCGUGCCGUACAGAGACAGUAAACUAACACGGCUGCUGCAGGACUCUCUGGGCGGAUCAGCACACUCUGUCAUGAUCACCAAUAUUGCGCCUGAGUACAAAUACUAUUUCGAUACCUUUAGCGCACUCAACUUUGCUGCCAAAUCCAAGCUCAUUGUGAACAAGCCCUUCACUCGAGAAACUAUGGCUGUGCCUACACUACCAGUGAAGCGGGGCAGAGACGAGCAUGAGGCGCAGGGUUCUGGCACUCAGCCACAGAAGAAGAGGCAGAAAGAAGAGAGGAAGACUGAACAAGACGGCUCCUCACCCUCCUCACAUAUUCACAGCCCUUCAGAACCAUCGGUGAUGGACAGACUAAUAGCUCUGGAGAAGCUGAUGAUGAGCUGCCAGGAGAAAGAUAGACUUGGCAUGCUGAAAGAUGUGGCUCAGUCUCGCAAGGAGAUCCAGGAGCUCAAAGAAAAGCAGAAAGAGUUUGAGAGCAAGGCCAUGCUGUUUAGUCGCUUGGGUGGAGAAAAGUCCAGUGCCAAACAAGAGCCUGCCUUUAAGAACAACAUAGCUCCUCUACAAAGAAAACAGUUAACUGCAUCAAAACCCAAUAAGCAGCAGGCUGUGGUCCAACCCCUCCAAGUGUCGCAGCUCCAGCCUCUUCAGCAGCUUGCAGUGGUCAAGAAACAGUCCGUCUGCGUCAAGAGAAAGGAGAGGAAGCUUUCAGACCAGGUUGAGCCUCCAGACGGUAAAGAGAAUAUCAUGGACAGUGGCUGGGAGUCCCAAGUAGACAACUCGAUGCUGGAGCAGUCCAGACAGAAAAUCUUGCAGGUUCUGAACACCGGCUCCCUAAAAGAGCUGAAGGGUCUGCAGCAGAUUGGCGACAAGAAAGCGAAGCUCAUCCUGGGCUGGAGGGAGAUCCACGGUCACUUCACAAAGUUGGAGGAUCUGGGAAAAGUUGAGGGCAUGACGGAGAAGAGAUUUUCCACCUUCAUGAAGGCGAACAUCCUGAGUGCCAUGGGGAAAUGAUUCUUUUAUUGUAUUUUUUUUAUUAUAUAUUUUUUAUCAUUGCCAUGUCUAAUGUAUAUAAUUUCUAUCUCAGAAGCUUUUUGUUUGUCUUUUAAUGCUAUGCUUUGGUUUUAUGAUAUUUUUGUAGUUACCACUGUGUUCCCGCUGGUGGCGCACUACUGCUUUUUAAUAAACCUUUCACAUGUCA